CUUCAUCUCUGCAGACUAACUGUGCCAUGGCAAGCCAAGGCUUCCUGCCACAGGUACACAGAGCAGGCAUUAGAUCCCAGAUAAUUCAAGAACCCCCAAAGACCCUUGAAGAAUUCUUAACAUCCCAGAAUUGGGAUUAUUGGCCAAGGGAAGUUCAUUUGCAUCAUGAUCCUACAUGUGAAGACACUUUGAAAAAUAUUAAAGAUGAUUGUUCAUUUAUUACCAUUUACACAUAUUUAUGGGAAAAAGUCCCUCAAUUAUUUGAAGCAUCCCUGAACAUGGAAACAAGAUUAAAAGAAUGUUCUCUUCUUUUGGAAGACCAUGUCUCCAAAUUGCUUGAGUGGGACACCGCGAUUUCUAAAACAGCUUCUUAUGGACAAUUGGAAAGACACAAGAAAUUUCUAAAGUACUAUAAGAAAACAAAGAAGAUAAUGCUUUCAGAUGAUAUGGAGACACAGAAGAAUAUAGAGGGCUACAACUUCUCAGGAUUUAAAGCAAGUGAACUUCCUCAACUACCCAGACAUUUGGAUGCUGAACGAAUUUAUCUUUUCAUUUUAAAAGCCCAUGAUUUUGAUGAGAAAACUUUUAAAAUCUGGAAAACUCAUUUUCUCUCAGAGCCUUCUAUUGCUCUUCUGCAUGAUUCCUUUUGGUGGUGGUUUCUCUAUAAAUUUAAGGUAUCAUAAUACUUUUAAACUUCUUUUUAAAACCUGAUUUGCGGUAUAAGUAGUCUGUCAUAAUCUUUCAUUUUUCUGGUCACUGAAUUGUGUUGCAUAGAAUAGAAAACAAUUCUAAGGCGAUUCCAUUUUUGGUAGGUGUAUCCUGAUUGUUUGGCACAAGCUAUCUAUGCAACAUUUCAGGAAGCAUUUCCAGAAUCUAGCAACCUCUUCAAUGAUGAAUUUAAAGAAGAUCUAGGAAAUACCAUUUGUCUUUGGAUGUCAGGUUUAAAACCUCAAAAAGGAUUCUGGAAAAAAUGGAAACUGAAAAGACUCACAACAACAACUAUACAUGGUAGCGUGAAAACCCAGGAAAAAUCUGUACGGGAAAGGAUUACGAGCAGUCAGGAACGCAUAAUGGCGACUAUAGACUUCAAUAUGACGAAAAUUCUAAAGAAUCCCAGAUCAUACGUGAUGGCCUCACCCACAGAAUCAAGGUUUACAAAACCGGCACUGAAGUCCCAUUAUAUUAGCCCUGGUCCGGAGUUUACCCGGGUUCUGUUCAAUUUUGGAGGUCAGAGCCCACUGAUUCUAUAUUAUCUUAAGAUGCACGAGCUAGCUGGCAUCCCCAAUGCCUCUAAACAAACAAAGAUUAAGCUCACUGAAGUCGUCCGAGAACCAUUACCUGGUCCUACUUAUCGUGAUCUUAUAAAGGAGGCAAAAAAGCAAUUUGCAAAGAACGAAAAGGAUUUUAGGACACUCCAAGAAAAGGCUAACAAGAAACCUUUCAUUGUUAAGCACGACUAUGAGAAGUUCCUGCAGAACCUGCGUGAUGAAGAGCGUGCUGAGAGGAAAUUUCUGGCAUCAUCAUCAUCAUCAUCAGAAGAAGAAGAAGAUUUUGAGGAAGAAGAUCAAAUGAAAGUAGAAAGACACAAUUCCAUUUAA